CUGGAUCUUUGAAAGUAAGUAAGUACCUUAGCUUACAUUACCUCAUCUUCCCUUCCCAAAGAGUCAAGUUGCCAGUCUACCGUAAUCAAGCCCAAUCCAUCUCGCAACACCUCCAUCUUCCAUUCACCUCCCUGACAGUUCCUCUUCCUUGCUUCUCAAACCUCCUCAUCCUCUUCCACCUUUAUGCUCACCGUCCCCGAUCCCCGUCCCUCCAUUCCACCUUGCGACACCCGCGACGCCGAGCAGGGACACGGUACCUUGGCCACUCGUUCCGACUCAGAAAAGUCGCCGGACGUUUCCUCCCCGCCCAAUCACCUCGCGGUACCUUACCUAGCUAAGGCAGGCAGGGACGAUCCAAGUCAAAUCGCCACCACCUCAAGCCUGCUACGUAAGGUAGAGAGUAGGUAGAAACAAAACAGAGACUAAAACCACCUCCCAUUCCCAUUCCUGCCAGCGACAUACCAACGAACGCCAGCCCGAAUCCUCAGCUCGUGGCGCUUCACUUCUCGCCCUUUUUCGCCCUUGGUGUCUUGUUACACACCACUGACUGACCCAACUGUCUCUGUCGCACGUACACACCACACACAUUCGCUCACUCGCACAUGCUGCAGUGUCUACACGCCUACUGCGAGCUGCGAGACACGCAGCUCCUCAUUUGUUCCUAGCGCCCAUUCUUCCCUCUCUCCGCCCCUCUUCCUCCUUUCCUCCUUUUUUUCCUUUCUCUCUCCUUUCCUCGGGCUCAAAAGCGCGUCUUGGAAGAGCAUUUCUCCUAGGCUUUUUCUCAAGGUUGUGGCGUGUGUCGGAUGAGGAGCCUUCAAAACCCCUAGAUUGCCUGCCCAAACUCGGACUCUCACAUCUCGCGUCGAGCUUCCAGCAAUCGACACCUUAUGGAAUAAUAGUAAAGGACGCAAGAAGACACCAUAGGAACCGAAUUCCACAAUAAUACAUUUGAACUAUCCGAGCUGGUAUCACUUGCGCCGCCCACCAUGUCGGACGAGAACGGUUCUCGAAGUCCAACUUCGCCCCUCACAACGACGAGCAACACCAGUAGGAAGCAGACCAUAUCAUCACCGGGAACGACAGCUUCACCAGCACCCUCGGGGCACUCGUUCAAACGCGCCGUGACCGUAGACGAGACAUCUCAGGUGCGCCGGCGGCCGCCUUUCAGCCAUAUUCCAACAGAGAACUCAUUCGCCGAGAGAGGCCUUGGGAGGAGAAGGAGUUCGACGUUGUCGGAUUAUAGCUUUGGCGAUGCGAGAGAUUUUCUCAACCCCAGACCUGGAGACGGUUUACCAUCAACAUCGACGGACGAACUAUCCAACUGGGCCUCGGUUCCUCUGGCAUUUGCACUUUUACCCGCGGUCGGUGGUCUGCUUUUCAAGAAUGGUAGCGCCGUUGUGACGGACGUCAUGUUGCUGGGCUUGUCGGCCGUGUUCCUGCACUGGUCCGUCACGCAUCCAUGGAAUUGGUACCACUCCGCGCAAGCAGUACGAGAGCGGGCAGAGAUCAGCACGAGCGCCGUUAUUGACGACGAGAGCGAGACAGAGCAGGCGGCUAGAAGCCCCUCACCGGCAGCAUCGACGGCUAAUGGCCACACGACCAACGGAAGCGUCGACGAAGCGUCCGAAGUACCCACGACGCCCACGUCCUUUGUCCAGGAACAAGUACGCAAGACGACGCCGCCAAGAAACAAGAAGGAGGACGCAUUGGCUGAGCUAUGGGUACAUGAAAUUCUGGCCCUGGUAUCAUGCUUCAUGUUUCCCAUGCUGGGCGCAUAUUUGCUGCAUGCCAUUCGCGCGCAACUUAGUCGGCCCUCGGAGGGUCUGGUUUCCAACUACAACUUGACGAUUUUCCUCUUGGCUGCAGAGGUACGGCCGAUUUCGCAUCUCAUGAAGCUCGUGCAGUGCAGGACCAUUCAGCUGCAGCGGGAUGUCCACGUAAAUCCGUACAAGGACGACGGCGCCACGUCAGAUCAGAUGAGGGUUCUCAUGGCACGGUUGGAAAUGCUCGAGUCACGGCCUGAGCCGACGCCGAUGAAGCACAAUGGAAACUCGGACAAUUCUAAAAUCAAGCAAGAGGCUUCUAUUGCCCGCGAUGUUCGUAACGCCAUCCAGCCCGAUCUGGAUGCGCUGAAUCGGGCUGUGCGACGAUACGAGAAGAAGGCGACUGUACUUGCCUUCCAGACCGAAUCGCGUUUCGCGGCAGUCGAUACCCGCCUGAACGAUGCCAUUGCGCUGGCGGCAGCAGCGGCAAAAAACAGCGUCGCUCGGCCGGGCUUUAUGCAGUGGCUUGUAGAAUCCGUGUGGGCCAUCAUCACGAUGCCCUUCUUCGCGGUGGUCGCUCUGCUGGUGCUGCCUUUCAAGACAGUUAGAGGCUUGCUCAAGCGUAAGAAGAGGUCCCUCCCUGAAAGGACAUCAAAGUCUAGUCGAAAUGGGAAGGCUGUGGGACACGGGAGGAUGGCGGCAGACAGACAACCAAGCCGCGUCUCAAAGAGGUGAAAAUGAUAUAAGAUAUUGGGGCGUAAGAUGAGAGCAAGGCGGAGGGGCUAGGAGGUUUCCCAGGUAUUCAUUCUCUUGGUAACCAGAAAAAAGGAUCAGGUUUUUGGCAAGGAUACCACCCAUGAGACAAGAGGGAUGGGGCUUUCCAAUAAGCCGGCGUUGUAAUGCGGUUUCCGAAACCACGUCCUCUGAGAAACCAAUUCGGAGGACACGGGCUUCGAUGUGUUUGGAGA